AUGGAAUUAUUACAUUUGGCACCGGAGACCCAAAACUUUCAUUGUCCAUAUAAUGUUGCUCAUACAAUGCCACAAAAGAAAUUAACCAAGCAUUUGAAUAGAUGCCCUGAUAAACCACCUCAUUUUAGACAUUGUAUCUACAAUAUAUCACACGUAAUGCCUGAAACAGAUUUGAAGAACCAUGAAGAAAAUUGCCCUGAUAGAAUAUUGAUUGAUGUAGCCAUUUAUGAGGCAGAAGACAUGGCGCGUCCAGAUUCUCAUGUAGAAAAUGUACCAUCAGUAAAGUAUGAAGAAUCUUGGGAUGGUUUGGAACAAACCUCUGAAAUUUUAAAGACCAUCAAAAUAAAAACCACUUCAAUGAAAGCAACCCAUAACAUAACAAGAUCAGAACGUAAACAACAUCGUAUCAAUUUACACGAAAAUGAUAUUAAUAACGUUGAUGAUAAAGAUGAGAAGAAACAGCAGAACAAGAAAAUGGAUACAACACCAUUAUUUAUUGGAAAGAGACCCAAUACAUAA